CUACCUUCCUGCUCCCGGGUUCCUGGCUUGUUCUGCACCUCACAACCUGUUCAGACUAGUCUAGCCCUCACCUCCAACUGGGCCUGCACUACUUCUCACUGUGUCCAAAUGCUGAAGCUGCUGCUGCUGACACUGCUCCUCCUGUCCAGCCUGGUGCAUGCAGCCCCUGGUCCAGCUAUGUCACGAGAGGGCAUUGUGGGGGGACAGGAUGCACCUGAGAACAAGUGGCCCUGGCAGGUGAGCCUGCGUGUCUUUGGCACCUACUGGAUGCAUGGCUGUGGCGGCUCCCUCAUCCACCCACAGUGGGUGCUCACUGCAGCACACUGUGUGGGACCAUGAGUCUCUCUGGGCUUGGUAGGGGAUAUCACUGACCCCAACAUGUUCAGAGUACAGCUCCACAAGCAGCACCUCUAUUACCAUGACCACCUGCUGACUGUGAGCCAGGUCAUCCCACACCCUGACUUCUACAUUCCCCAGGAUGGUGCAGACAUUGCCCUGCUGAAACUCACAAACCCUGUGAACAUUUCCAGCUAUGUCCACCCUGUAUCCUUGCCUCCUGCCUCAGAGACCUUCCCCUCAGGAACCUUAUGCUGGGUGACAGGCUGGGGUGACAUCGACAAUGGUGUAACCCUGCCGCCGCCAUUUCCCUUGAAGGAGGUGCAAGUUCCCAUUGUAGAAAACCGCCUUUGUGACUCGAAGUAUCACAAAGGUCUCAUCACAGAUGACAGUGUCCACAUUGUCCAUGAUGACAUGCUGUGUGCUGGAUAUGAAAACCAUGACUCCUGCCAGGGUGACUCCGGAGGACCUCUGGUCUGCAAGGUCAAAGACACCUGGCUGCAGGCAGGAGUGGUCAGCUGGGGUGAGGGCUGUGCACAGCCCAACAGGCCUGGCAUCUACACUCGGGUCACCUAUUACUUAGACUGGAUCCACCGCUAUGUCCCCAAGGACUUCUGA